AUGCCCACCAAGAUAGCUGUAAUCGGGGAAGGUGUUAUCGGAUGUUCUACAGCUCUUCAGCUAUCCCUUGCACUCCCCGACGCUCAGAUUACUGUACUUUUCGACCGCCCGUUUGGGGAGACGUGUAGUGCCGGCCCAGCCGGGUUGUUCCGUAUCGAUGAUGAAGCUAAUCGCGCUUACGGCAAAUCCACCUUCGCCUGGUUCGCCCAUCUCCACCGUACCGAGAAAGGAGACGCGACGGGUGUGAAGCUCCUCUCCGGCCACAUUCAAUCAGACUCCCGGGAGCGUUUGGAGCAACAACAGAGGGCUUACGGAGAUAUUGUCUAUAAUUUCAGAUUUUUGAAUGAUAGGGAGAUUAAUGACUUGUUCCCGAAUCCGGCGCGCCACUGCAUCCACUACACCGCUUUUGCCUCAGAAGGCAACAAGUACGUACCCUACCUAAAAUCUCGUUGUCUUUCCAAUGGCGUCCAGUUCAAAGAGCAAAAAGUGAGCCCGGGGCUCGCGGAGCUCGCCGACUCCGGUUAUGACGUCAUAGUCAACUGUGGGGGCCUGAAUGGUGGGGUCUUGGCUGGGGAUGAUGAUACAGUAUACCCGAUAAGGGGCGUGGUUUUGGAUGUGGACGCUCACUGGCACAAACACUUUAAUUAUAAGGACUUUAUCACGUUUACCAUUCCAAAAGAAAAUAGUGUGGUAAUUGGCUCCGUUAAACAGGAAAAUAGAUUUGAUCUACAAAUUACGGAUAUCGAUCGAAAAGACAUUUUGGAGAGAUAUGUGGCAUUGCAUCCGGCGAUGAGGGAUCCAAAAAUCAUUGGCGAGUGGUCUGGACUGCGCCCCGGACGAAAAUCGAUUCGAAUCGAGAAACAGAUCAAAAAAUCGGAAAAAACUGGCAAGGAGUAUACGGUAAUCUAUCACUACGGACACGGCGGAAACGGCUUCACACUAGGCUGGGGGACCGCCGAGGAGGCCGUGAAGCUGGUGAAGCAGGCGAUUCUGGAUAGAAGAAGCAAAUUGUAG